AUGAUUUUCGUCCUCGUUCUGUCGAUUCUGAUCAUUGGUACGGUGGUAGCGCCGCACCCUAACCAGGGCAUUUCGGGGCUACCCAUGAACCAAGACGUGUACAACACUGCGUACUUUCACAGGCUUUCGCAGGUUCACGCGUACGUGGGUACCCCUUCCAUCACUGCUCCCCUUUCGCCUCCUUGGCCCGAGCAUGAACAGACCUGGCAGAUGCAGCGCUACGUCAACCUGCUGCACCAGCACGACGCCUACAUCGACCCCGAGGCUGGCCGACAUCUGGACCGUCUGCGCAAAAACGCUAUUUGGCUGUACAAUCACCGAGACAGCUCGCGCAUCUCAGCACACCAACGCUCCUUUGUGGCGGCCAUGGAGGAGGCGGGCGAACAGGCCAGACAGGACCUGCAGGCUGCACUGCAUCCCGUCAAUGUGCGUGCUCAGCAUGUCGAACCCCUACGCAGCCUCGCGAACAAGCUCACCACCACCCUCAACGCGAUCGAGGGCGAUCUACUGAACCAUCUCGCCUCCGGGCUGAGCGUGGACGAAUGGACGAGAUUGAACUAUGCGCACUUGCUGCUCAAGACCGAAAGGGACAUGCUCAUCCUCGCUGCCGACAGCAACCGCAAUGCCACUGGUCCACGGGAUUGGCUCGACCCCCAACAUCCGCCUGCACCUUCAGCCAGCAUCCAGAAGCAUCUUUCCGACAGAAUGAAUCUGAUUGUCGCGUUCUUCUUGCUGCUCGUUGCUGGGGCGAUGGGCCAGAUGAGCGCGAAUCUGCAGAUGUAUUCGUCGGCGCUCGCACCUGUGCAGGCAUACGUGGCGAGCCCGCACGUCAUAGCGCCCGUCUCUCCACCGUGGCCACUCAACAACCCGACGGCAGCGAUGCAGCGCUACCUCGGCGCGCUGUCGAAUCUUGACGGCUACAUCAGCCCCGAUGCUGGUGCGCACCUCCAGAGCGUCCGCAACAACGUUCGUACCGUCGUCGAGCACGCUAACAGUCCCAAUGCCCGUGCCUACCAGCAGGCAGGAAAUACGGCCAAGUGGGAGAUGCAGACAGCACUGCAUCCUGACAACGUGCGCGCGCAGCACAAGACGGCACUGAGCGCGCUGUCGACCAAGAUCACGAACGUGCUCAACGCGGUCGAGGCGGAUACGACGAGUUUGACGAGCCAGCUAUCCCAGGCCGAGUCGGAACGCUUCCUGCUUGCGCAUGAGCUGCUGAAAGCCGAGAAGCAGCUGCUCAAUGCUGCCUCCCGACUAGCCACCAGUACGCCCCACCUGUAG